UGUCAAACGUCGGUAAUACAGUUGGCCAGAAAUUCAGUGAAUUUUCUCAGCGACAGUAAUUUUUUCUGUGAGAAUUUAAGUAGAAUAAUCGCAAGAAAUCCAUUAAUUAAAUUAAGGGAAUAUUAAAAACAAGUAAUCAAACAGAAAAUUAACAAAAUAAUGGCUCCAAAAGCAGGAAACGUUGCUCUUAAACCCAAAGGCCAAGCCUUCAAAGAUAAAUCUAAACCAGCCGAUGUUCGUCUAUCGAAUAUUCAAGCAGCCAAAGCUGUUUCCGAUGCCAUUCGCACCAGUUUGGGACCCCGCGGCAUGGAUAAAAUGAUCCAAGCCGGAAAUGGUGAAGUAUCCAUCACCAAUGAUGGUGCCACCAUUUUGAAACAAAUGAAUGUUUUACAUCCAGCUGCCAAAAUGUUGGUCGAACUUAGCCGUGCCCAAGAUGUUGAAGCUGGUGACGGUACUACCUCUGUUGUUGUAAUUGCUGGCGCUUUGUUGGAGGCUUGUGAAAAACUUUUGCACAAAGGCAUCCAUCCAACCGCCAUUUCCGAUUCAUUCCAACGUUGCUCGAACAAAGCUAUUGAGAUCUUGAACGAAAUGUCCAAGCCGAUUGAAUUGAAUGAUCGUGAAACUUUGAUUAAGAGUGCUUCCACGUCCUUGAACUCCAAGGUCGUCUCACAACAGAGCAGUUUAUUGGCUCCCAUUGCUGUCGAUGCUGUAUUGAAAGUCACUGAACCCGGCCGCGAAGGUGCCGUCGAUUUGAAAAACAUCAAAGUUAUUCAGAGUUUAGGCGGUACUGUUGAGGAUACUGAAUUGAUUGAUGGUUUGGUAUUCACCUCUCGUUCAGCUGGUACUAAUGCUCCCAAGCGUAUUGAAAAGGCCAAAAUUGGUUUGAUCCAGUUUUGUAUAUCUGCACCCAAAACUGAUAUGGACCAUAGUGUCAUUGUUUCGGAUUAUGCUGCCAUGGAUCGCGUUUUGAAGGAAGAACGUGCCUACAUUCUUAACAUUGUCAAGCAAAUUAAAAAGGCUGGCUGCAACGUUCUUUUGGUACAAAAAUCCAUUUUGCGUGAUGCUGUUUCCGAUUUGGCUCAACAUUUCUUGGACAAAAUCAAGUGCUUGGUUGUCAAGGAUGUCGAACGUGAGGACAUUGAAUUUGUUUGCAAGACUUUGAACUGUCGUCCCAUCGCUUCUUUGGAUCAUUUUGUUGCAGAGAAUCUCGUCAAUGCUGAUUUGGUUGAAGAGGUUGCCAGUGGCACUAAUAAAUUUGUUAAGAUCACUGGAAUUCAAAAUCCUGGUCGCACGGUCUCCAUCAUUUGCCGUGGUUCCAACAAAUUGGUUUUGGAAGAAGCUGCUCGUUCAUUGCAUGAUGCUUUAUGUGUUGUACGUUGUUUGGUUAAGAAACGUGCCCAAAUUGUUGGUGGUGGUGCUCCCGAAAUCGAAAUGGCUUUACAAUUGGCCGCUUAUGCUCAAACUGUAGAAGGUGUUGAUGCUUAUUGUUUCCGUGCUUUUGCUGAUGCUUUAGAGGUUAUUCCCUCCACUCUGGCCGAAAAUGCCGGCUUGAAUCCCAUCGCCACCGUUACAGAAUUACGCAACCGUCAUGCCCAGGGUGAAAAGCACGCUGGUAUCAAUGUACGCAAAGGUGCCAUCACUGAUAUUUUUGCUGAAAAUGUUGUCCAACCCGCAUUGGUUAGCAUUUCAGCCAUUUCCUUGGCCACCGAAACUAUACGCUCGAUUUUAAAAAUCGACGAUAUUGUCAAUACUAUUUCUUAAGUUUUGCCCUUAAUAAGUAACUUUUUACAUCUACUCCACACUACUACUACUUAUUACUUUAACCAACAAAACUCAACACAAAAAUAAACUCAUUUAUCUAUCUCUAAAAAUCAUUCACAUAAUAAUUUAUCAUAAAAAUUUUCUUGUGCUUUAGCAAAAAUUUGUUUUCUGCUUUAUUUUUAAACAUUAAAAUAAAAUGUAUUCUUUAUAUGUUAACAUUGUAUUCUAUGGCAUAUUUCAUUGUGCUAAGCCGGGUUUUAUUGUUAAAAAAAUGAUGUACUUGGCGCAUUUAAAACUUGUGUAAAAGUAAAAUUUUAAAAUGUUCACUCACCCCAAAAACAAAAUCUUUGAAUAAAAUUCACCAACUGAUCUGAAAAGAAACAAAAUAAUUUAAA